AUGAUGCCUCGGUCGCCGCUGAAAGAAAUGAAAAUCGACACUGAAAAUGUCGAUGCACCAGGCAGACGCAAUCUUUCUGCAAAGGUUGCCGAUUUUUGUCUAGAUUGGGUGGUAUUUCCUGCUCUACUCUUCAUUCAAUUUGGGGUAACCAUGUACAAGCAAAUGAAUGAAUCUACAUUGAAAAUGGACUGGAGAGUUGUUCAGGUCAUGGUCUUUCUCUUUUGUCUGGUGGCGGGAGUCUAUCGACAAGUCCUUCGUCGACAUCCAUGGGAUUCAAUGGUUCUGCUACUACUUCCAGAACUCUUUACCAAUAUUUUGCUUGGAAUCGCCAUAUUUGGAAAGCUAGAGGAGGCCUUCACUUACUUGGUCACUUUCACUGCCGCACUUUCGCUACUUGGACUUGUUGCUGCGGGACAAGUUCUGUACUGGGAACAACGUCGACCGGUCAAGCUUUCGUCCUCGGAUUACCAACUCCUCAAGGAAGACCAGCAAGACGAAGAAGACGAAUGGAUUUGCUGA